AAGCAGUCCUUCACUGAAACAUGUGCUAUGAGGAUUAGAAACAUGAUUUUCUGCACAGCAGAGGUGCAAUUUAUGUUCUGUUAUGGAUGUCUUGGAUAUGGAUAUUCGCAUCAGUUGAAACUGCCAGGAGCAGAUCCUGCCCAGGCUGUGGCAUAUUCCAUGUUUCUACGGGUUCCACCACCAGAAGAUAGAAAAGAUCAUUCAAGCAAUGUCAUCAAACCACGACACAUGGAUUACCCUGCUUUCUUAUCUCCAGAUCUGAAGGUCACAGUUGGAAGUCCUGAAUUGGAAAGUCCUAAAGAAACUACAGAACAGUACAAAACUCUUCAGGAAGCUUUGAAAGAGCCAGCCCGCGAAAG